GUGAUAUAGUCGAUGGAUGACAUUCCAACUUGGUGGGUGGUCAUAACUUUGCGUUUACUCUCUACCCUUUAAUCAAGAAACCAAGCUCUCAAAUGCUCUCUCUCAAAUGCUCGCCUUUCUGUUUCUUGUUCUGGUGCUCAACACAAGCCUGUCCUGUGUCGACUCUUCAGGACGCACAGAAUAUGAAGUCCCAAAGAGAGAAUUGGAGGCUGCUGAUUCUUCUGCUUCUCCUUCUUGUCCACUGAACUUUGAUUAUCUCGGCAAGCUCAUUAACGAGAGCUCACAGCCGCUCCUGCUGCUGGACGUCCCAACCGAGUGUGGCUUCAUGCUCCAGGCAAUCCGGCUGGUCCGCUCAGAGUAUCUCCGCACCACCGGGUACUUCUUCCCGCCUCCCAACUCAUCCGAGGCCUGUUGGGACGCGUACCAGAGCAUUGUCAAUUCCAAGAUUGCCGGGUUUAAUGUCCGGUCCACCUGCGGUUUCAAGACCAACCUCAUGUCUGAGACAUGUGCAAAUGUCACGACCCGAUCGGAUUUCGAGAGGAUCGUGUCAGGAACCGAGCUGAGCGAUGUCCAGAAGUAUUGCAAUCAGUCCCUGGAUGACGAGUCUGCCUGCACGUUGUGUACAGAUGGCUUGACCCGCGUGCAAGGGUUGUAUUUUGGGGGUCCUAACAACGGGAACGAGUCGGACUGCUACGGGUAUCCAUUCGUCUAUGCGGCUGCAUACACCGAUCAGUUCAGACCGAUCAAUGCAGGGGACCUCAAGUGCUUGUUUUCGCUCAAUUUCAGUGCAGACAAGAAGAAGAAACGGAAGUAUGGGGUGGUUUUCUGGGGAAUCGUCUCUGGUUGCACCAACGGCUUCGUCGGCACGGUGAUUGUGAUUUGGCUGUGCUGGACAUGGCAUUGGAGGAAGAGGAGGAUGAGAAAGAGCUUGGCCCAGAUGGAAUCAGGCAAUGCUGGUUCAGGAAUGGAGAUGAAUCAGAUGAUGAAUGCAAGUGCCAGAGUCGUCAGGUUCACCCUUGAGGAAAUCAGGAAGGCCACAAACAACUUCUCUAGGGACAACAUAAUUGGGAGGGGUGCAUAUGGGAAUGUGUACAGAGGAAUGUUGACAGAUGGGUCAGAGGUUGCCCUCAAGAGGUUCAAGAACUGCUCGGCCGCCGGCGAUGAGGCGUUCACACAUGAGGUAGAGGUCAUUGCCAGCGUCCGGCAUGUCAAUCUCGUGGAACUGAAGGGCUACUGCACCGCGACCGUCCCCAUGGAAGGCCACCAACGAAUCCUCGUGUGCGAAAUGGUGCACAGUGGGAGCCUCUUCGACCACCUCUUUGGGCAGGAACAAAAGCCUCUGAGUUGGCCUGCCCGUCGGAAGAUUGCCCUCGGGACGGCACGCGGGUUGGCCUACUUGCACUAUGGUGCGCAGCCCACUAUAAUCCACCGGGACGUGAAAGCGAGCAACAUACUCCUGGACGAGGCUUUUGAUGCGAAGCUUGCCGAUUUUGGCCUCGCCAAGUUCACCCCCGAGGGCCAAUCGCACGUGAGCACCAGAGUGGCCGGCACCCUGGGGUACGUGGCCCCUGAGUACGCAAUGUACGGCCAGUUGUCGGAAAGGAGUGACGUGUACAGCUUCGGAGUCGUGCUCCUAGAGCUACUGAGCGGGAAGAAGGCGGUUAUUUCAGUUGAAAAAGGCGAGGCCUCUCUCCUGGUGGAUAGGGCUUGGUCCCUAGUGAGGGGAAACGGACCUUUGGACGUAAUUGAUGAGGGGAUACCGAAUAUGGGCACGCCGGAGGAGAUGGAGAAGUAUGUUCUGUUGGCAGUGCUUUGCUCUCAUCCAGUGGUGUAUGCUAGGCCCACUAUGGACCAUGUUGUGAAGAUCCUGGAAAGCGAUUCGCCGGUACCUCCGAUACCCGACCGCCCGAUAACCAUACUAGCAGAGAUCAAGAACGUGGAGCAAUCUGCAAGCUCAAGUGGCUCUUACUGCUUCAUGACGAGCCCUGGCGAGUUCCAGCCAUUUAUGGUUAAAGGUCACUCAUUGAAUUCUGAAACAGCAUGAGAUCCUGAGCAACGGUUGUCUAGUUUGAUGUUAGGAAACUUUCUAGAUGUCACCGUCCGGCUCAAUUCUACAGCAAUUGCUUAUUUUCUUCGGGAGUUUUAGUAGUACAUAGAUGAGAAGAGACAAUAUUCUGGGAAUUGCUUGAUUCUUUCAAUUAAAUCAUCUAAGAUGAAGUGUAAAUGAGUAUCCGGAUUUGUUGCCUGUUGUCUGGAAAGGACUCCCCCGGGUUUUGUAUCCAUCCUUAACUUGGCUAUUGCCGUGUGAAGCAAGAGAAGAAAAACUGACUAGAAUGAAGCAAAUUGCUAUGCUUUGGCAAUCUGGAUGUAAACAUUAGUACUAGAGCAUGCUUAGCCACUAAAACUUCCGGUCUCCA